CGACAUCUCCGUCCCGAUUGAAAAUAGGAAAAGAGACCGCAACAACAGCAGUAAGGAGGACUCAAUCAACAAUCCUAAUAAAAUUGCUAAGGAGCGCUCUCUCCAACAGGCCAAGCAAGCUCCCGAGGACUCUAGUAAUUCUAUCCCACAAAACAACUCCACGCCUAGUCGAUCCUCUGUUACUGUCUUGUAAUCUCCCUCCAAGAAGAAGGCGGACAGGAAGGAAGCCGCGGCUACAUCCCAACAGGGACCGGGUUCAGUCGUCCGCUCUGAACUCUCCUGCAGGCUGGACCAGACACAAGAAAGAAAGAGGGGGAGGAGAGGGGUAUUGAAACAAAAUAUAAAAAUAUAAAUUAAAACUUCAAUAAAUAAAACAAAUAAACUAGAAAUUAAAAGAAUUCUAGUGAUAAUAAGAAUUACAUACAGAUAAAUAUCCAACUCAAGAGGUGCAACUGGACUAACUAUACGAAUCUAAUUUUUAAUAGAUAAAAACUAAGUAAGGAUAACUUAAGUGUUUAGUUAUAAGAACAGUAGUAAUAACAAGGAAAUUAAAUAAGAAUUAAAUGAGAGAAGAAUCGGUUGAGUUUAAACGAUUAUACAGUUUAUUUGGGACAUGACUCAUUAGAGUUAUACCUGCUGGAAUUAAAAAAAAAAAAAAAAACUUAUCAGCUUUAAUAAACUUCAAUAAUCAUUGGUGAACUUUACUUAAAUUACAAAUAUAUAUAUACAAUUCAAUUUUUUAUGUUUAAUUUUGUAGUGGAGUAUUUGAAUAAUUUACGUUUAAAUAUAAUCAAAAUGUCUUUUACGGCGUCAUUUGGAUAUUUGUUGAUGCAGCGUAAUAAUGCUUCAGAAACUAGUUCUAGUUCCGAUGAAGAGUGGAAUGUAAUUUCACAAAAUCGCGAUCGUGAAAAGCGAAAACUUAGGCCACGUAUUAUUGAUUAUGGGAGUGUAAUUGAUCGUUAUUCAGAAGAAGAAUUUAAAAGCCAUUUCAGACUUUCAAAAAACACAUUCAAUUAUUUGCACGAGUUAAUACAAGAAGAUUUAGUUCGACGUAUUCCUGGAUGCCCUACAAUUUCUUCUCGUCAUCAAUUGAUGAUAGCGCUGUAGUAAAUGGCUACAACGGAUUCUUAUAGAUCAGUUUGUGACAGAUUUAACGUGGGACGAGCUACUGCUGUAAGAGCUGUACGUCGAGUUUGUCGCGCUUUAUUUAUAAGAGCCCCAAGAUUUAUACAAUGGCCUACGGAAGAUCGUGCUGUUAAGUUGAUGCGUGGGUUUGAAAGAUCAAGUGGCUUUCCUAAAACAAUAGGAGCUAUUGAUGAAACUCACAUUCGUAUAAAUGCUCCAAAACAAAAUCCAGCAGAUUAUAUCGAUCGGAAAGGAUUUCAUUCUAUUCAGUUACAGGACGUAUGUGAUCAUAGGACUCUGAUAACACAUUGUUAUGCUGGUCACCCUGGAUCUGUUCAUAAUCGAAGAGUUUUUCGCUUAUCAGAAGUUGCAGAUUACCUGAAUGAUGAUGAUGCGUUCCCAGAAGACAGUCAUAUUCUAGGCGAUGCUGCAUAUGAAAUACAUCAGCAUUUACUUACUCCUUAUCGGGAUAAUGGAUAUUUAAGUGGAAAACAAAAAAAGUAUAAUUAUUGCCAUUCAUCUGCACGAGUGACUAUUGAAAGAUGUUUUGGUUUGUUGAAAGGACGAAUGAGGAGUCUAUUACAUUGUCUACCAAUGACAAGGGUAGAUUCAAUGGCAGAGUACAUUGUUGCAUGCUGCGUAGUUCAUAAUAUCUGUAUUUUACGAGAAGAUGAAAUAAUUGUCGUUACUAUGCCUGAAUGUAAUCAAGAAAAUAAUAGAAAUUGUUUGCGUGAAGUAAGGCGAAAUGCAGGAAUUCUUAAAAGAGACGUUAUCAUGAACUACUUGUAAAAAU